AUGCUGUAGGGCUCUCCAGGCCAGACCCCGCUGGCGCCGUUCCCCAGCCCGCCACCGCCCCCGGCCCAGCCGCCGCUGCCGUUCCAGAUCCGAAAGAACGCCAUCACCGAUGACUACAAGGUCACCAGCCAGGUGCUGGGCCUGGGCAUCAAUGGGAAGGUGCUGCGGAUCUUCGACAAGAGAACCCAGCAGAAAUUCGCCCUGAAGAUGCUCCAGGACUGCCCGAAGGCACGCAGAGAGGUGGAGCUGCACUGGAGGGCCUCCCAGUGCCCCCACAUUGUGCACAUCGUGGAUGUCUAUGAGAACCUGUAUGCCGGCAGGAAGUGCCUGCUGAUCGUCAUGGAGUGUCUCGAUGGUGGAGAGCUCUUUAGUCGAAUCCAGGACCGAGGAGACCAGGCAUUCACAGAAGAAGCAUCAGAGAUCAUGAAGAGCAUCGGCGAAGCCAUCCAGUAUUUGCACUCGAUCAACAUUGCUCAUCGGGAUGUUAAGCCUGAGAACCUCUUAUAUACUUCCAAAAGGCCCAAUGCCAUUCUGAAACUCACUGAUUUUGGCUUUGCCAAGGAAACCACCAGUCACAACUCUCUGACCACUCCGUGUUACACACCAUACUAUGUAGCUCCGGAAGUUCUGGGCCCAGAGAAGUAUGACAAGUCCUGUGACAUGUGGUCCUUGGGUGUCAUCAUGUAUAUUCUGCUGUGUGGGUAUCCUCCCUUCUAUUCCAAUCAUGGCCUUGCCAUCUCUCCGGGUAUGAAGACUCGUAUCCGAAUGGGCCAGUACGAAUUUCCUAACCCCGAAUGGUCAGAAGUGUCAGAAGAAGUGAAGAUGCUUAUCCGGAAUCUGCUGAAAACAGAGCCCACCCAGAGAAUGACCAUCACAGAAUUCAUGAACCACCCCUGGAUCAUGCAAUCUACGAAGGUCCCUCAGACUCCACUGCACACCAGCCGUGUCCUAAAGGAGGACAAGGAACGGUGGGAGGAUGUCAAGGAGGAGAUGACCAGUGCCUUGGCUACGAUGCGUGUUGACUAUGAGCAGAUCAAGAUAAAGAAGAUAGAAGACGCAUCCAACCCUCUGCUUCUGAAGAGGUGGAAGAAAGCUCGCGUCGUGGAGGCUGCAGCCCUUGCCCACUGA